AUGAUCGACGUUCUGGCCUUCAAACCUCCAAAUUCACAUGUCACCACAGCCUUGGGCCAAGUGUUUUUGCCAUCCUUCGACAGUACUCGCUCAAUCGCUCUAUUUAGCCUGUAUUUAGCCUGCUGGCUUCAGAUCCUUGACAUAGAUCGACGAUGGCAUGGUGCUAGCGGUAGAUAUCAGAGCCUCAGCAAGCACGAACCACCCGAUUUAUCCGCUAGAACAGACAGGAUCGGUCAAGGAAAGGUCCAAGAAGCUCGCCGAGUCUACCGAUCGCGGCACCGUGAGUAG